AUGCAAAUAGCAUUUUUAAUGGAGAGGCUUCGAUCGACUAUCACGUUAUUUAAAUACGCUAAGCACAUUCUAGCAAGUACUAUUUUAACACAAUUUCACCGAAAAACGAUAGAAGCGGGAACGAAGCUCUUUUGUAUCCAUUCAAUGGAAAAUCAUUUUCCCAACGAAAAAGUAUGUUUGUCAAUCACGUACGCGGAAUAUUUUUCAUCUCAUCGUGAAGGCGAGUUGAGGGUGGAAUUUUGUGUAGAAGCUGGCUGGCUACAAACCGUUAAAGCAUUAUGA